AUGUCCUUGACCAAAGCUCAGGUUCGCAACGCGUUCGCUUCAUUCGGCUUCACUCGGGACUUCAAACAUCUUCAACCUAUCCCAAGAUGGUGGAAGAGACGCGACCCUUACACCGAAAAACCAAUCCAUUUCACCAAGCCAAAAGACAGGAUCAAAUAUUGGAAUAUUGUUCCCGGAGAUCAAGUUAGACUGCUUGGCGAUCCUGCGGGCACAAUAUAUCAAGUUAAUAUGGUCAACAAACUGAGCAACCGUGUUAUGUUGAAGACAGAAACGGACUCGAACACAUCUGGAGAGACAGAUAGCUUGAAAACAGGCAAAAAUGUGCCCUAUUCUAGGUGCCAACUUUUCGUUGGCAGAUUUGAAUUUCCUCCUACCGGUGAUUCAACCGAACCCCAAACGCUGCCAGUGUUUGCAAAACGUUUAGCAACCUCAGAGCCGUUCUGGGAUGUUACAAGACACCGUUUUGAGUGGAGUCGCUUUGCGGUGAACACGGUUCCAAGGCUUCCACACUUGACUAUCGGAGAGAAGGAACGCGUCUACGUUCCCUGGCCACAGACAGACAGGCCCCCCAAAGUAGAUCCUACUGCAUACGACACACAUGCGGAUGCUGUGGCCGAGGUCACGUACACACCUCCUGAUCUCCCUACUUACGUCCACUCCAGUCAACCAGUUCCGGUGCCGCCUCCCGAGGACAAGUAUAUCACCGCGAUACGCCGGCCGGAUGAGGCAUCUUACGACCCUUCACAGCCUGUAGAGAUUUAUUUGUCCAAGGAACUCGCAAAUCCCCACUCGCGCGCCAAAAAGCAGGCUCGCUGGCAGGCGCACCAAAUGUAUAAGCGUGAUUUGCUCAAGAAGUUUAUCGAGGCAGAGAUGAAGAAUCUUCAUGGCCGCACACGGAGAGAGGCACGGGCAGAGGCAACUUGGAAAUGUCGACACCAGCUCGAGGAGGACCGAAAGACCGAGUUGAAGCGCAGGUGGAAGAACCGUGGUGCAGAGGCCAGGCUGUUGCGCAAGAAAGCAAGGAAGGUGCGCAAGGCGACCAAGCAAAAGGAGAGGCUGCGCACACUUGUGCUCAAGGACGAGCCGAACCAGUUCAUCCCUCAGCCUCAGGCUGCAUAA